GUUUGAAUGUUGUUCAAACUAACCCAUGGGAGCAGUUUACCUCCACCCCUACCUCGGGUUGUUUUCUGCGGGGCUCCAUGGGUCGACCUCCGGCAUGGAGCGGCCGUAGCAGCAGCGAGCUCCGCGGCGGCGGCGACGGCUCACUGCGCGGCGGCUUCCGGUGUCCGUCCGUCUGCUGGAGGAUGGCGUCCGGCUUCAACCGCAUCCCCUCCGCCACCGGUCCUCCGAGUCACAAACACACCGACGGUUGGCAGCCUCGCGCCGAGGGCGGCAGCAAGAAACACCGUUAACGAGCUCCGAUUUUCUCAACGGAAGUGUGUGGACACCAAAAUAGCACUCAACUCCCCUUAGUGUGCUGGUUACCAUUUAAAUAUAUAUAUAUAUUUUUUUAAACCACAUCCACCCUUUUCAGUAUAGAGUUGAACCCCCAAUACAUGCGAAGUGGAAGGAUGACGGAGGCGUGGCAGCAGCAGCAUGCGGUGGCUCCACCCUCGGUUGUGCACACGCUCCCCCAGGGAGCCGACAACCCUCUGGGCUGCACGGUGUACGGAGUGGUCCUGCAGGCGGAUGCCUCCCUGCAGCAGCCGCAGCACGGCCAGCAGCACGCCGUUCAAGCCCAGCAGCCCUCCCUGCAGGUAGGGGGCGAGAGAGGGCACAAGUGCGGAGCCUGUGGCCACGACAUAUCCCACCUGGCCAACCCCCACGAGCACCAGUGCAUGGUGAACCAAGACCGCUCCUUCCAGUGCACCCAGUGCAUGAAGAUCUUCAGCCAGGCGACGGACCUGCUGGAGCACCAGUGCGUGCAGGUGGAGCAGAAGCCGUUCGUGUGCGGCGUGUGCAAGAUGGGCUUCUCCCUGCUCACCUCGCUGGCACAGCAUCACAACUCGCACGGCAACGGCAACAACCCCAUGAAGUGCUCCAUCUGCGAGAAGACGUACCGGCCGGGUUCCGGGAACGUCACCCCGACGUCGUCGGCCGCCAACCCCCAGCAGCCGUCCACCGGCGAGACGUCCGGCGGCGACGCAGCCAUCAGCGCCUCGUCUCCUCCCUCGUUCGAGGCCUCCUCGCCGGACCGGCCGUACAAGUGCUCCGUGUGCCACAAGUCCUUCCGGCACUUGUCGGAGCUGACGCGGCACGAGAGGGUGCACACCGGCGAGAAGCCGUACAAAUGUGACACUUGCGACAAAAGCUUCAGCCAGUCCUCGCACCUGGCGCACCACCAGCGCACGCACAGCUCCGAGCGGCCGUACAAAUGCGCCGUGUGCGAGAAGAGCUUCAAGCACCGGUCGCACCUCGUGCGCCACAUGUACGCGCACUCGGGCGAGCACCUCUUCAAGUGCAACUUGUGCGAGAUGCACUUCAAGGAGUCGUCGGAGCUCCUGCACCACCAGUGCCAGCCGGAGGGCGAGAGGCCUUUCCGCUGCGGCUCCUGCGGGAAGAGCUUCAAGCGCCCGUCGGACCUGCGGCAGCACGAGCGCACCCACUCGGAGGAGCGGCCGUUCCAGUGCGAGGAGUGCCAGAUGAGCUUCAAGCAGCAGUACGCCCUCGUGCGCCACCGCCGCACUCACAAAAACCCCGCCGACCGCCCUUUCAAGUGCAACCUCUGCGACAAGGGCUUCCUCCAGCCGUCCCACCUGCUCUACCACCAGCAGGUCCACGGCAUGGAGAGCCUGUUUAAGUGCGCGUCCUGCCAGAAGUCUUUCAGCCAAUCGGGGGAACUGCUGCGGCACAAAUGCGGCGGCGAGGUGGAGAAGCCCUACAAGUGCGACGUGUGCGGCAAGGGCUACAAAAAGAACUCCACGCUGCAGCGCCACCAGAACUCUCACUGCACGGAGAAGCCGCUCAAGUGCUCCCUGUGCGACAAGCGCUUCGUGUCGUCCUCUGAGUUCGUGCAGCACCGCUGCGACCCGACGCGCGAGAAGCCGCUCAAGUGCCCCGACUGCGAGAAGCGCUUCCGGUACUCGUCGGAGCUGCAGCGCCACCGCCGGGUGCACACGGGGGAGAAGCCGUUCAAAUGCGCCAACUGCGACAAGAGCUUCAAGCAGCGCGAGCACCUGGCCAAGCACCAGAGCGUGCACUCGCGGGAGACGCAGUUCAAGUGCGUGUGGUGCGGCGAGCGCUUCGUGGACCUCACGGCGCUGCAGGAGCACACGGUGCAGCACACCGCCGAGGGCGAGAGCUUCCCCGAGGCUCAGUGCAUCCCAUGAACCGAACUGCUCUUCAGCCCCGGGCAGCAGCCGUGACAUUCGACCCUCGAAAAGCAAUGCGCGCGCCAGCCUCCCAUUCGUAGUUUAUAACACGCACCCAUUAAUUAUGUUUUAAUGGUUUAUUUGUUGUUGUUGUUGUUGUUGUUGUAUCAAGACUGAAUUCAUCCUCAUCCCCCCCCCCCCUUUUUUUUUUUUUUUUGGAGUAAAUGGCUUCGUUUUACUUUUGGAACACGUGGAUUUAAAAAAAAAAAAAAACUUGAACAUGACGGAAGAAGAAAGAGAAAAUCAGGCGUAGGAUGAGGAAGGUUGAAUGAAGGCUUUUGAUCCUGUCGAAGCCUGGAAGGAAACCUCCAGGAGGUGUGUGUGUGUGUGUGUGUGUGUGUGUGUGUGUGUGUGUGUGUGUGUGUGUGUGUGUGUGUGUGUG